AUGGAUAUAACAAAAUUAUGCCGUAGCUGCAUGAAAGUAGUCGCAUCUUGGGAAAAAGAAAAUUUUGAUGCGCGAGCUGUUGAAAUGUUUCGGUUUUGUACAAAUAUUGAGCUAAACGAAGGAGACAGGCUACCAAAACAGUUCUGUUAUGAUUGCAUAAUUAAAAUAGAAUCAUCAUACAUGUUUAUAAAAGAAGCACAAAAUGUUAAUGUGACUCUUAAGAACAUUGUCUCUAGAACGGAAACUAGUAUAAUUGUUGAAUUGGAAAAUUGUGCAAGACUAAUACAUACACAAUCUGAACCAAAAAGUCAUCUAAAACUUACACUUCCAGAUUAUAAACUGUGUAGUUCUGUUCAAAAUACCAAAGAACUAUCUUUAGUUGAAAAUGUUAAGGAGAACUUUAAUAUACACAGUGAUAAUGACCAAUAUGAUGAUGCAGUAACCAAUGUUUCCUUAAAAGAAUUGCCAUGUAACAAUAAUGAAGAUAUGGGAAAGAAUGAUGAUGCUAAAGAAAAAGUUAAAAAUUGUGAUGGUGUUAAGAAAAAUAUCUGCCCGAUUUGCAGGAAGGGUUUUAUGUCAAAGGUGUGGUUUGCUAAACACAUGGCAAAAGAGCACUCAGGUCAAAAGUACAGAUGUGAACACUGUGCUAAAACAUUUAGCAAACAAUCCCAACUAACAUAUCAUGCAACGACCCACUCUGAGGAGCGCAAGUUUGGCUGCAGUAUCUGCGGUAAACGCUUCAAGCGACGAAAGCAGCUAACAGUGCACACACACACACACUCUGAUGAACGCCCCUUUGCAUGUGAUAAAUGUCAAAUGAGGUUUGAUAAUUUAUAUUUAAAGUAA